CAGGUUUAAAGUGAAUUUGCCAUUGAACUACAUGAGUAUCAUGCGUCCACCCAAUUCAAAGAAAAUGUGUGGAAAGAGGAAACAUAUAGGAAUGUGGCUGUUUAUGUGCUCAUUGCUUAGUGCACAAUUACUUUAUUGUCAUGGACAGAAGCAUUCAGAAGACCAUUCAGGCGACCGUGACUUCCAAGAGGAGAUCUAUUCAGAAGAAAAUGAAAAUGGGAGAGGUCCAUAUGAUAGCUACUCAUCAGGAGAUGACUACUUGAUAACUGAAUCACAGAUUCCUUCUAGAACAAAUGGCCCAGAAGAACAUUAUACAGAUGAAGUUACAUUUUCCGGAUAUUAUCCAGACACCCAGCUUAUAACAGAACAAUCUGGUCCUUAUCCAUCACCCACAGAAUCCUUUUUUGCAGCAAGGGAUGUUACUACAAUCACAACAAGAGUUCCAUAUUAUGGUCACACCACCCCAAGAGAGAAUGAGGACAGUUUACCAGCACCAGAGCUUUCCUACCAGGAAGCAACAAACUUAAUAGAAGAAUUCCGGGUAACCAGUAUUUCUGGAGUGAGAAUAGUUACCGGAUCACAAAAUAAUCUGAAGGCAUAUCAACUAGGCUCAAGAGCACAUGUUACAAGACAGACACGGCUUAUUUUCCCCUAUGGAGUAGCACAGGAAUUUUCAUUGGUGUCCACUUUUAGAAUGAAAGAAAAGACACAUGAAGAGGUCUGGAAUUUAUGGGAGGUUGAAUCAAGAAAUGGGGCUGAGCAAUUCAGGCUGCGACUUUAUGGGGAAAUGAACGCUGUAGAUGUUUAUAAUGCAGCUGCAUCGGGACGAGAUAAAGUAACAACAUUUGAGAACCUGGACAAACUGUUCGACGGAAAAUGGCACAAACUUUCCUUGAGCGUUCGGAGAAAUCAGCUUACUCUGUAUGUGGACUGUCAACAAGUUGGAUCGUCCCCUGUCAAUCUAUAUGGCACAAUCAAGACAGAUGGCAUCAGCACUUUAGCUCGUAGACUGAAAGAUGACGCUACAGCUAAUGUUGAAAUACAGCAACUGGACAUUUCAGCUGAUGUAGCAAGAGCAGAAGAAGCUACAUGUUGUGAAUUAACUGGAGUAUGUUCAGAUUUAGGUGAGAAUGUAGCACCAACCAGUUGCAACUGCCUCCCUGGUGAACCUGGUUUUCCUGGAUUCUCUGGACCAAAAGGUGAAAAGGGCAAACAAGGACCAGCAGGCUAUGUAGGAGCUUAUGGCAGACAAGGAUAUAAAGGAUCUAAAGGAGCACAAGGAAGAGGAGGUGAUACAGGGCCCAGGGGAGACCCUGGCCCAGAUGGUUCUGAAGGCCCCUCUGGGUUUCAAGGAGAAAUCGGUUUUGUUGGUGUUCUUGGAGAAAAGGGUAUACAAGGCAUACCUGGACAGAAGGGUGAACCAGGACUUACAGGGCCACAAGGAGAACUUGGGGAGAAAGGAGAUCAGGGAUAUAUUGGCAAGAUCGGAAGUACUGGUAUAGAUGGCAGUACUGGUGAAAAGGGAUCUCGAGGGCCACAAGGAAAGCAAGGACCUGAGGGACCAAAAGGACAGAAGGGGGAUGCUGGUGGUCCUGGGUUUCUGGGAAGUCGUGGAGAUCUAGGAUAUGUGGGCUAUCUAGGGAUGACUGGUGAUCCUGGAGAACAAGGGAUAAAGGGCAUAACAGGAUUGUCUGGGAUACCUGGCUUCCGUGGGACUGAUGGGAAAGACGGGGUUAAUGGAGUACGUGGCAAAGAAGGUGAUUUAGGGCUAAUAGGACAAAAGGGAGACAAGGGAGACAGAGGUCCACCUGGUCCACCCGGUAUUGAAGGGCCAUUGGGUGCACAGGGUGCAAGAGGAGAUGAUGGAAUCCCUGGAAAACCCGGACCACCGGGUCUCAAAGGUCCCAAGGGCUCACAAGGGGAUAUUGGAGAUGAUGGCAUAAAGGGAGAAAAGGGAAGACAAGGUGCGAAGGGAAAGACUGGAGCCAAAGGGGAUGCUGGUGACACUGGAGACAAGGGUUUUCAAGGAAAACGUGGUCGUGCAGGGCCUGGAGGUCAAUUGGGUAGGCCAGGUGUUCCUGGAUCACCAGGCCCCAGAGGCUAUCCUGGACCAAUUGGAGAUAAUGGAGGACAGGGUCCUCCUGGACCUCCUGGAUUACCUGGACUACAGGGACCGGACAUGCCAGAUAAUAUAGUAUAUGAAUUGUGCCGCAAGGUUGUGAUAGAAGCAACAUCGAAAUAUGCUGCCAGUAUAAGAGGAAAGUGUGCUAGUGCCUGUCCAACAGCAGGUGCAUCAUUGAUAGGACCACCAGGACCACCAGGGGUUACGGGAAAAGCUGGAAAGAAGGGAAAACCUGGGGCUUCUGGAAUUAAUGGAAAACGGGGCCCCAGAGGACCCAUUGGACUUCCUGGACUAAAAGGAGCUGAGGGUGACCAAGGUGAGAAGGGGGAGAAAGGGCAAAGAGGAGAUACAGGCACAGGACUACCAGGCCCAGAUGGAGUUCAAGGACCGAGAGGUUAUCCAGGAUACCCAGGAGUUGCCAAGGAAGGAAACCCUGGCCUACAGGGUCCCCCUGGUUAUAGCGGUCCUCCAGGCCAGCAGGGGCUACCGGGCCCAGCAGGGGUCCCAGGAUUCUGUGAAGCCAGGGACUGUGGCAUUAAUGCUCCAUCAAUGCUGAGUGAGCAGGGGCUGAGGAAGACAUUUUAAGUACAAAUCUGAGAGGACGAUAAGCGGGUGCUUGUUCUGCCUUCAGUGUAAGGUAACAGCAUGAUGGAUCUGUGCAAAGCUUACCAAUUAUGUGAAUGGACAUGCAGAUUAGUCAAACAAAAUGUUGUAACCUCAGACACCAUCCUGGUGUCUGUACAUCUGCUGAUCCCAUAUGUGGAUUUCAUCUACCAAAUGUAUCUCUAUCCUAAACAGUGGCAGUCAGAAGAACAAUCUGUUGAAUGAAUUCCUGUAACAAAACGAAAAUUUGCGAUUUCAGAACAUAUGGGUAUUCGUAGAAAUGUAACUAAGGAAGAAUAGAUUCGACUUUUCAUUCCAGUGGUGAUAUAUGCAGGAUGACGUUUUGGUCUAUAUCCUGAGGAAGUUCAGGU